GCCUCCUGCCACCCCUGGGCUCCCCCUUGGGCGCGCGCUCCCUCUUUCUAUACCUUUCCGACGCAGCGCCCUACAGCGGAGCCCGUAGCAAUCACGGCCCCGCGUCGCGCGCCGGCUGCGCGGUUUUCGCCGCCCCCGCGAGCCUCGGCUCAAAGCCCGUCCGUCGCCUCGUCCGCGAGGACACGCUUGCUGCGACGGGCGCCUCCCGAUCGCGCACUGUGCUGCCUCUUCCUCCUGCGGAGCCCACGUCACCUCUUCGCCUCCGAGCCUGGAAGAAACAAUAUGCUUCGUCGUUGAGGGACCUCCUACUCGCAUCUCCGCACGCAAGUUUUCUCCUUCGGGUUCCUACUUCGUGAUACACAACUUGCGACAAAAUAUUCCUGCACAUUUGGCUUCCGCUUGACGCUAUAUCUCACCCGUCAAAAUUUGAGAGCAUAGAUUGUUUUUUUUUUCUUUUCUUUUGACGGGUAUAAGUUUCCGGCCCGCGUUGCGGCAUUGUUCUUCGGAAGGGUGGCUGAGGCAUCUUAAGUUGCUUCCUUUCGACUUCCUGGUUAGUUCAGCGUUUCCCGAACCUAGAGUUAUUUGUCCUUAAGUUUAACCGGUCGGUAUAUGAAGGCUUGAUUAUAAGACCGAGCAAGUACUAUUCGUAAAUAUUUAAAAUAAAAGGCUGCCUUCAGCAUCUUGUAGUUCGGAAGCCAAAAAAAGGAUAGUCCGCACAGGGACCAAAAUCUCGUUCGAGUUUGAAGCAAAGAUACGUAACCAAAGCUGUGUUAUAUAAAUUGCGGGUUCGGCUUUGACGACGAGUUUACGCUUGGAGAUCCAGAGGAUUUUGCUACGUAGAAAAAGAAGAAAGAAGAAAGAAAAGAAAACGCCCAAGUCCUCAAGUUCAAGUCAUCGAGAGUGCAGUGGUCGUUGGAUUGUAGGUUUCCGAGCUCGAAAGCGACAUCGCAGUGCAUUCGGCGAUAGAGGAGGAGAAGGAGCACCCGCACCCGACGCAGUGAUUGAAAGUGGUACGGAGAAGGAGACGUGGCGGCGAAAAGUUCGCGAAGGACAAUGUCAAGCAAGUUGUCUACUUUGUCAGAGGCGGUUGCCUCGCCGCGAGAACCCGUAGUCUGCGUGUUGCAGAGAUGGUCGAUGUUGGGCGUCGAGACUUAAAAGCAGGAGCUGCCGUUGCAAUACCCCCCACCACCACCACCACCAUGUCCCGAUGGGGAUUGAUUCGAGCAGCUGUCGUAUACGUCUGCUUGUGGACCGUCUCCCUGCUCUCCACGAACCUCGUGGCCGAGGCGGACGAGACAUGGUUGUCGCCGGGCCGCGAGAACGACUCCUCAUCGCCGCCACUGAGCCACGAGAAGCGGCUCAUGGACUCGCUGCUGCGCCACUACGACGCCAGCGUGAGGCCCGUCAAAAACUCCUCGGAGCCUGUCAUCAUCCGGUUGGGCAUCACGCUCACGCAGAUCUUCGACCUGGACGAGAAGAAUCAAGUCCUUACAACCAUCGUUUGGCUCGACCAGGAGUGGUUCGACGAGUACCUCGUCUGGGACCCGUUGGAGUUUGGGAACUUCAGCAACCUCAGGCUGCCCUGCCAGAAGAUUUGGCUGCCAGACAUCGUUCUCUACAACAAUGCGGACGACUACACGCGGGGCUACUUCCAGACACGCGCCAUGAUCGACCCCCAGGGCCGAGUGUUCUGGCCGCCACCCACCAAGUUUCGCAGCACCUGCCCAGUGGACGUGACGUACUUCCCUUUUGACGACCAGGUGUGCACAAUGAAGUUCGGUUCUUGGAUUUACGACGGGCUUCAGGUUGACAUCCAGAACCGCACGUCCGAGGUCGACCUGGUCAACUACAUGCCCAACGGCGAGUGGGAGCUGCUUGAGGCGCGAAUGGUGCGCAACGUGGUGUACUACCCGUGCUGUCCGGACCAGCCCUUCCCGGACAUCACGGUGGUCCUGGUUAUCAGGCGCAAGACGCUCUACUACAUGUACAACGUGGUCAUGCCCUGCAUCAUGAUGUCCGUACUCACUCUGCUCGUCUUCUGUCUACCGCCGGACUCGGGCGAGAAGAUCGCACUCGGCGUCACAGUGCUGCUCGCAUUCUCCGUGUUCAUGCUGGCCAUAGCGGAGAAGAUGCCCGAGACCUCAGAGUCCAUACCCUUACUAGGCAUCUACCUUACGGCCGUGAUGGCCAUCACAUCCAUCUCGGUCGUGAUGACAGUGAUCGUGCUCAACUUCCACUACCGUGGUCCCAGCCGCAAGGAAGUGCCCACGUGGCUCCGCCGUCUCCUGCUCGACCGAUCCUCCUCCGGUCGCGGGUGGUUCUCGAGGCCGGCGCGUCGCAAGACCGUCGGCGACAACCACGUGCACUUCUACGACUUGCCGUCGCGCACAGCGGCUGCCAAGGACCGCUCCGACGACGACGGCGACGGCGGACGCCGGACGGCCGACGACACCUUCCGGCUCGUGGUCGACAGCGUCGCGAUCGGCGGCGAGUACGCCGAGCACUCCGCGAGCAACGAGUCGCCGAGCCCUGUCAUCCAUGGCGACGUGGCCCGAAACAACGCCUCUGCAACAGCCAGGCACCGCCGGUGUCGCAGCGGUACAGGUGCUGGUGGCGGAUCCACGAAGCGCGUUCAGGAAGAAGUGCUGCGGACUUUGCGGUACCUACUGGAGAAGCAACAGCGUGAGGAGCAUCUCACCCGGACUGUAAAUGAGUGGCGACAGAUAGCGCUCGUGAUAGACCGCACGCUCUUCUGGUUCUUCCUGAUCAUCACAGCCGCCUCCUCCAUCUGCUUCCUUGUUGUCAUACCGAUGCAGAGGCGGGGACUGUGACUGUGACUUGAGCAGAGUUGUCUGCAAGUUUGUCGUGUGAUGACGUGCUGAAAGAGUGACGGGAGUGAGAAGAGAGAAAAAUCUAUAUGUGCGUUACCGUUUUGACUAUCUGGGCGGCCUUCACGAGGCCUGAAUUUUUGGUUUGCGAGUCGCAGUGGGUGUUAAAACAAAGCCGUGGCCGAGCUGCGGAUUUUGCCUCUUCCACGCUUAAACGCUGGAGGGCACCUGCGUUAUUUUAGUGGAAAUAUACAUUCCUACGAGCUGACGAGUAAGAUAAUUAAAAUAAAUCUAACCACUCAAUUCGGUCGUUCACAUCUCAGGAUUUGCACGGGUGUCUUACGAUCGUUUUUAGCGUUUCAAAUGCAGUAACAGCUUAAUAAGGAAAAUAAAUAAAUAAAUAAAUAAAUAAAUAAAUAAAUAAAGAAUUCACAUCCGGCUGUGUCUGACAGACAAGAAAUGUUAAUUGUCAAGGAGACCAAACGUACUUAAGAUUGCUACUCUUUAAAUAGGUCCCAGUUUCAUUGCGUAAUAUCUACAUUAACGUGAGUUCCGAACACUGUGCUUGAGCACAGUCACAAGUAACUAUGUUGUUCGUCAAGACGGUAACACAUGCAACCUUUUCAAUGUAUAAAAUUGUUGCUCACCGGAUCAUUUACGAAUAUCUUGCUUGUUAAAAAUGUCUCAUUUGUGCCAAGUGGGCCGCAUUUUCGCAAUCACAAUCAACGCAAAUGAAACAACCGGCAGACAAAAUGCUGUGAGAGUGCUUGAACGCUCCAAUUCUGGGACUACAGAGAUGUGACCUUCCUGUUCACUUGCUUAACAAAAUACCUGUUCUUCCAAACCUAAGCGAACGUUAUAUCUCCUUCACAACACGCGAUGCUCUUUAUAUGUUAAGAAGCUUAUGCUUGUUGUUAGUGAGCUAGCUGUACCGCCACGUACAAAUCUUUUUGGAAAAGAACUUAGAGGGAUGUGCUCGAGAGACAAAAUUAAAAUGCAGCCAACUGCACUUAGUUACUUAACCACUACCAUGGUGCUUGUGAUAUUUAAAGAGACUAACUUUGCCCCAACUGUCCCCGAGACAAGUGUCGCACGAUAACCCUUAGGGACUUGGUGGUCAUAUCUUAAAAACAAAAACAUCGUAUCAUACGGCGCCAUCCACUACACACGUAGGCAAGAAUACCGGUUUUAUCCUUAGCAAUAAGUCGUAUUGUUAUGUUGUUCGUUUCAGGAACUUCUGUUGAGGCAUGUGCAUGAAAUUUCAACGCCAAUUGACUCCACCCCUCCUCCCCCGUCCCUUAUUUUAGCUUCACUGUCAACAAUGAUCAAACAAGAAAUCGUAUACGAAUAAAGAAGAGGUAUAUCACAGGCAUAUGACAAGUACGUGCCACAAUACACGUACCAGUUUUCUGUGAAUGUGAUAAAGCACACAUUUCACUGAGUUGACCACCGAACGAAGGUUUUUUAUCGCGCGAACAGAUUACAGCGCUAAUAAACAGCUAUUAUUAAGCUUUACCGUUUUGCAUCUCCUCACUGGAUGGUAGCGAUCAGAAAGCGCAUGAAUCUUCAAAGAACUGCUCAGAGUCAUCCUAGCGCGAGUUUGCUCAGUAGUACGUCAUUAUUAGUACUUCCGCUGUAGAUAUAUGUUGUGCUAGCGAGUUGCUGUCCAUGACUUACUGCUGUGGUAGUGAUUUUAUACAUCCAUCGUGCAAUCGUGUGGUUUGUUGCAAGCACAUGGGUGAUAAAAGAUACUACUACAGCGACCAACAGUGUUUGUGUUUCUUUUCGUUGUUGUUUUUGUUGUUCUUGAUGAUUAUAAGCGGUCGAUGACGUAGAAAUGUCAUCCGGAAUGGUAUGUUAGCGAUAAGGCAUCUUUACGUCGAGAAUACCAGCAAAACAGAAACGAAGCGUGCAUGGAGCAACUGCGACCAAUCCACGACGUUGACUUUUUGUGACUUGGUGCUUGAGGGCUCAGCUCAGGAAAACCAGAAGUUUUAACGCUUAUAUGUAGCCUUGUGCACCGCAAUCCCCACCUUGAAGCAUGCGUCUAGCAGAAACUAUUGUUAUCCUUCUAGCUGGCCAUCGCUCGUUGUGUAGCCUCCUUAAGUUCACUUAUACGCACCUACAGCCGUUCGUCUAACGCUCCAGUCAUAUCACUGCUCAGACCGAAAUGCGGACGAGGGCCUGAGCAGCGGUCUGACUUGAGCGCACGAACUUAUGUUCUCGCACAGCACAAUUACCUGCUUAAUCUUCUUUAUCAAAUUUCAAUGUGCCUCUUGUGUUAGCCGGAGUAGGAAAUUUUUUUGCCUCCAUGCACGCGUGCUGCAUUAACCUUACUUGUGCUUUUUUUGACCACGAUAUAUUUGUUGCUGUUUUUUCAAUAAAUGACCACUAUCGUAGCGACUCUUUCUUCUAUAGCCGAAAUUCCGAAAGGCACUACAAAAAAUGAUACGUAAAAAAAAAACGCAAUUUGGCAUUGACAACCCGUAAACAACGUAAGCUAGUCAUCUCUCGAUGGUCUCUUAUCUUUUGAUAGGUCGUACUUAUACACUGGCGCUCACAUACGUAGGAGCAAAAAAAAAUGAAGUUGGAGACUUGAGAAACAGCUUGAUGCGACACUUUGGGCUGAAAGUCCAAGAAAUCUGAUUUCAUCAUUCCCACACUAGACAAUAGUUCUAGGGCAUGCCGAGAAAUCAUACUUAUGUCGCGCGCCUAAAACGAACAUCUAUAAGUUCUAGCUACUACAAACCUUCUUUCUUUUUUUGUAUUGUUAUUCACGGAGAGUUUGUCUCUUCUUUCCCCAAUAAAAGGAGUGCACCAUAACUAGGCCACAUUAAAGGAAGAGCGUUCAUGAAGAAGUUGCGGGAAAGCAAGCAAGUAUCAGGUGCUUAAGCAAAUUUUCUCAUUGAGGGAAUAAAGCGGCGUCUGGCGUUUGAAGUAGCAAAACGCACUCAAAUCGCCAUAGGCUUCCAUUCCACGUCAUGGCCGCGCCUCGGCGGAGUUCCCAUUGGCUGCGACCCCACGGCACGAGCGCGUCUCGACGAAGCAGAGCAGGCGAAAUGAAACACCUGCUACCGCAGUGGUGCGUCAAAGUAUGUGCCUUUUGCAUGGGGGCAGCAAGUCCAACAUCCAACCACCAAACACCGACCAAGAAAACGAGCGAAAGAGCCAAAGAAAGUUAUUCGCCUAAUAAAAUAAUACUAAUAAAUAAAAGGAAACGAUUACGUGGGCCAUGGUGGGACACAACCGCCAUUAGGACACAACCGCAUGCACGCUUCUGUCUUGCCAUCUAACGCCUUGAGAUUGGCGCCUGCGACGCGUUCCAUACACAAACAAUUUCCUAGAAAAGUGAACGUACACAUGCUCACGUCAAUUUUCAUAAUGCAACAAUCGUAGGAACGGAAUACGUUAAUAGUCACGCACAAAAGUUAUCCGGAUCGGUUCUUCGUCACAUCGCGUAGGAACAAAUUUCUUACAUAAGCGGCAAGCGCUCCAAUUAUCUCCACCCUUCCCUCGAGGCAGCCAGUGCUUUGAAACGCUUUAUGUGAAACUGCACAGCCUUUGAGAUCUGCCCAGUUUCGCCAAUCAAUCACAAUAGUAGCUAGCACUUUGAGACAUUAUUUGGCAUUGUACCGCCUUCGUAAUCUGUCUAUGUCGCAACGGAGCAGGUUCUAACAUUUUUUUUCUUCGUCGAUGUACAAUAAAUUAGUUAUCGAGCCAUCAUAAAUAGGCCAUUGUCUUGCCUAUGUCGCCAUAUACACACACGUGUCAAACGGAAAAUAGCUCGCCUUACACUGGCACGCUGCACCAACCGGUAAUAUUUAACAGAACCCCAAACGACGCUACAUAACCCGUUCCCUCUUCGCAUAGCAUUAAUUCGCACAGUGUGUGAAAUCUGCAUAUUUUAUUAUUAUUUUCUAUUAUUUAGUUAAGAAAUGGAGACUGAUAACUUAGGACAACUCUGAGUGGAUACACCAACCUAGCUUAUGCAACUUCUUUUCGUUGCACUGAACUUCGUAAUGGGAACUCUUUUAGUAUGCUACGGUUCGCAUUCAUCAUUAUAAACUAAUCAAUUAAUACUAAAUCAUUCAUUACCCGAGUUUGGGCAGAAACGUUUGCAACUGCUGUCUCAAUGGUACUGUUCCGCAGGAAAUAGGCACGCACUAUCUCACGUGACACAAGGCCCCGGUUCAUUCUGGUAUAUGUCAUUCUACCGGUCUCGCGACCUACUCGAAAGCUACAAAAGAUGACGCCACGAAUGAUCCUUAGUGUGGCAGAAACGUCCUCCAUGAACGCAGGUGGGGUGAAUGAUGCAGUGCAUAAACUAGCAAACCAAGAUUAUUGUUAUUGCUAUUGUUAUUAUUAUUGUAGAUUUCAAUCACCCCCACAAACAUACCAGGAUUUGAACGAAAUAACAGGGCAAAUGUUCGACUUUUUCCAGUCUUCUGUCUCCUCUUCUAGUUUCCAGCAUUUUCCAACGUUUGGACAGCUCCAGCAUUCAUCCUCUCGGCUUCGUCAGUUGAUGCUCAUACCGUACCGCGCUAGUCUCUUAACGUGGCGUCAUCAAACUCCAGCGAAUGCACUUUUUCUAGUUUACUCAGGCCAUAAUGCAACAUGGCAAUGUGAACUCGACGACUGGUUAUUCAAAAGAUGAACACAUCCUUGCAUGUCAUAGUGACAACCAAGAUUUUACAAACUCCGUUGCCUGCAUGAGAUACAUGAAGUGUGGAAACGUUGUUUCAGCGCUUUCACCUUGGUGUGGCAUACACAAAGCACUUUCUUUGUAUAAUUCAUCGAGUAAUCUCCGCGUCAUGUUUGUGAAGACAUAGUCCACGUGCUGCCGGACUGGCCCUUAUAUAGGUGUAGCAAAGGCAACAGAUGCGCUUUAAAAUUAUAUAGGAAUCUUGGAAAUCAUCCAUUAUUGCUUGAGACAAUACUUGGACCACGGCCAGCUAGUGGCCUUGAAAGAACAGAAUUCAAUUCUGUAAAAGAUGUCUUGUGAACACGGACAUGUGCGCAAAAUAAUAUAGAACGAUAUUGUGCAGUGACUAGCCUUCGUUGUCAUCUUUUGGUUGCUUUUUUUUACCACUUGUAAGUGUGUCUGUGCGCCCUGAAGUGUUCUGUUUACUUUUCAUUAUUAUAUUGUUGUAUUAUUAUUUUCGACCAAAUUUAUUUUUUGCAUAUAAGAGAAGUGGAGUAGCCGGAUGCGUACUACUUCAGUUCUCCUGUUAAACCCCUUUCAGGACUCCACCUACCUCUUCCAGCUGCGAUAAGCUUCAGCGUAUCGUAAUGUCGUGCUCGUCAUGUUUCUGGUGCGAAAGGAGGUAGAAGCUCAAAGCUGGGCUUCCUAUUGAAGUGGAGGUUUAUAGAGAAUACAAAACUGAAUCCAUCCAAGAUAAAGGUAUUAUUAAAGCAUUGACGUUUCGGCGCCCACACGGGCGCCUUAUUCACAAUCAGGGCUCGCAUGCGAGGUCCAAAACGUCAAAUUGUGCUUGUUUAUACAUCUAAAAUCAACAAUCAGUCACCUUCGUCUACGUCAGGUGUGUUUUUUUCCAGGGCUUGUUGUGUCCGUCCGCCCGCCUUUUGCUUUAGGCCGACGACGUCAUCCCCAAGUCGUCGUCGUCAAGCCGUCUGCUCUUCCUCAGCUUCGAUCAGCCGUGUCAUAAUGUAAAUACAACUAGGCCUGAACUUACCACUGAUAACAUUUGCGAAAACACGCUUAGAUUGUGAUGAUUGUGACGUCUCGACUGCUGCAGCGCGGCCGCGUGUCGCGUGCUACAUCCCUUUUAUCGGAAUGACGUUUCUACACCUCGCAUUCCUUACAAACUCUCCCUUGCACCCGAUUUGGCGCACAUUGUAACGCGCUGGCCCACUCAACACACCUUGAGUUUCCUGUUAGAUAGCUUUAAGGUUAAGGCCUCCUAUAUUGCUUCAAAGAAAUGUGUGACCAAUGCUAAGAUCGCACUUGUGCCUUCUAGCAAAGCAGCCCAAUGCUCUAACCAUUAAGCCGCUAUCACGCACUUGGUUCUCUCAUGCCAAAGUCGCGCUCUUUGAAGCGCCCAGCACGUUCCUCAGAAGAACGCCAGUUUCUGGCAUUCUUCAUUCGAGAUAGCUAGAAAUUUGAGACGCUGUCUUUGACUGCACUGCGUCCAGGAUCGUCCCAUAUUUCCUGUUAGAUACCUUCAAAGUGCAUGGUGAAGUACCACUGUAACGAUAUCGAAUUAAAGAAGUCGCAGCUUCGACCGAAAGGCUAAACAUUGACAGCGCGAGCAAAGUAUUAGGCAACUACACGAAGCAAUGGUCGUAUUGUUUUAUCGGCUGGAUAAAUUGCAGUUAACCUUCGCUUACUAAUUAAAUGAACAAACAAGGUGCACACGCCAUAUACGGGCAAACGUGAACAGAUCUUACUCGAUGACCGCGACCACUGGCUGUCACAACGCUGGCAUGAUGACCAAACGUAUCGUGGUUGACCGAGCUGUUACACUUUCUUUGAAUACCAUGGGUUGUAUACUAUGUUGUAUGUGUGUAUCUUCCGUCUGCAGUUGUUAUAUGUUGUAAGUCCUGUUGUGUAGAGAUAACUGAACUUAUGUGCUUGUUUCGAUACAUAUUUUAGCACCUUCACUUGUUUACCGAGCUGUGCAUGUCUCUUAGGGUCAUUUUCUUCGGAGGGUGAAACUUUGGAAAUAUUCGUGCUGCUCUGUACCCGGUGCAAUAAGUUUUUGUACCUUUAGUUUUGCUUGCCUUGGAAAAAUCAGUAGCCGACACCAAUAAAGGCGCCAGCCUCUCCUUUAAAAAGCG